AGCUGCCACAAUCGUGGGACUUGCUUGUACGCUUCAGGAACCAACAGGUCACGUAGAAUAUCCGGGCCCAUCUGCAGAGGAUGCAAUGCGGCAGUGCUCGCCACACUUCUUCGUACGAACCACACGGGUACUACGAGUGAAUCCGUCCUGUCACAGAGCUGUUGUAUCCCGAGAACACUUGCUCAAACUAUGGCGUGUGCACGGCCUUGACUUUCAUCCCAAAUAUAUCAUACUCGACCUUCUGGGUGCGCCAUCCAAACGUCAGCUACAUGCCUAUUGUCUUUAUUUCGGCCGUAACAUGAUGCAUGUCUACCAGACUGCUCCUCUUUUCACCCUGCUUGGUUUCGCCUCUUGUUCAGAGAUACAACCGGCAGCAGUUGAUGCGACUAUAAUCUCGACAACGUCAACUCCUAUGUGUACCACUGUUUCCUCGAUUCAUUUAGGCAGUUCUGCUUCUACAGUCAAAGCAACUUCGACACAGGUCAUCACUGUGGUGUUAACACUAUCGCGCGCCACGUCGCAGCAUGGUUUGAGGACGAUAUCGGACCUUAUAUCCAAAAACACUCCUUGUACGGAGGCUCCAGUCCUUCCAACCGUAAUCAUGGAGGGCUCCUCGGCCGUGGACAUCCCGGUGUCUGUUACAAUCGUCAAACCGCCAACAGAAGACCACCGUCUUUCCACCUCAAUUACGAAAAGCUUGUUCCCACCGUCAUUUGCAUUGCGCCCGACGAGCGUGGAAACUCUGACACGGUCUCGUUCGUCAUCUUCGACGGCCCUUGUGCUUCACAUCAUUCCUAUCAGCACCGACACUGCUCCCGAUACGACAAGUAUACUCUACACGUCAGCAACCACAAAUGCAACGACUAGUGGGAUCUUGGUGAACGGGGCGAAGGGAUUUUGCGGGGGUGUGCCUGGACUAUUGACGGCAGCUGUGGUACUCGUGCUGGGAAUUGUUGGGAUGUAGAGCGGGUUGCAACAAUUAUCACGUGCACCUGCGAGAGAGGUGCGUGUGUUAAAUACCUUCUCAUGGAUG